UCGUUCCUACCUUCCGCGGCAUCAGCCUUCUUCGGGGAUACCCCUCUGACUCUUUGACACCGACGCUCGCUACUCUUGCAAACAUGCGCACCUUCGCUUGGAGUCUCGCCGUCCUGUUUGCUGUGGGCGUCAUGGCCCGCCCCAUCGAGGGCUGCGAUCAGAAGUGCGAUGCCGCGUACAGCGACUGCAUGACUGGCUGCGCCGGCAACCCUGCUUGCAUUGACCCCUGCAAACGUUCCACCUGUACGAUCACGAUGUGCUCUGAUUGCUGGGCGCCAUGCCUCUAGACGCACUUCGUCCCGCGGUCCCGGUAGCUUCCCCAUUCAGCUCUGGCCCAGACAACAAGCUCUUGAUUUUCUCAAAGGGCAUCACCGGCCUCGGCACCGACGGG